AUGAUAAAUGCUUCCAUUAGUCUUGUUUACCUAUCUCUCUUUUCUCUGUCUUCGUCCUCUCUAACCAUUUCGCCAUUCAACAGCGAUCCCUUCAUCGUCGUCGUCGUCGUCGUCGCCAUCUCUUUCAACGCUGUCUUCUCCGAAACCCUAGCUACGAUCCUCCGUCACCUCGUUUUUUGGGGAUCGAGGAACUGCGUGUUUGGUUUCGAGAUUGGUGCCAUCACGGAAUUGGGUAAUUCGGAUUCCGCAUUUUUGCGUCCGUUUGUUCGUGUUGAGUGCCCAUAUUGCAACAUGUUGGUUUUGCCAGAAAAUGGAAAUUUUCGCUGUUUAGAUAGACAUGUCAGUGUUAUAAGGAAUUGUGGUGUUAUGUUUGCUUCUUCGAGUUCUAGUUUUUUUGAGGAGUGGGAUGAUCUUGUAAAAAUUUGGUUUUCAGUUUCAUUAGCUUCAUUGGAAGUUUCCCACAACUUGUAUGUGGUUACUCAUUUGCCGAAGGAUCUAUAUGACCAUUGUCUUGUAAGGAUGUCUCCUGCAUCGCGAUCCAAGUCUAAAGACAAAAAAGCUAGCAAGGAAGCCCAUAAGGCUUCUGCAAAGCCUACAGGAUCUGGUAAUGCAGUAGCUGGUGUUCCAGCCAGUGCAUAUAAUCCUUUAUUAGGAACAUUCCAUACACUGGACAUUUCAUCAACACCUACCUCACCUAUACAUUCUAAUGGUCGUUUUCGAAACAUAGAUGAAAUAGAGGAACAUCCUGUCAACUCAGUGGUUGCUGGUGUUGAGUAUGAUUCUGUUUCCAACAAUGGUAGUUGGUCUGGUGAGUCCGAAGAACAUAAAGAGAAAAGUUCUAAUGCCCCUGUUCGGUCAGACACAGUACCAGGAGCUGAUAAUGACAAACGAGAGAAAAUCCGCCAAAAAAAUGAAAGGAAGCAUCAACGGCAGAAGGAAAGGCGAGCACAGGAAUUGCAUGAGCGGUGUACUGGUUAUCUUAUGUCAAGGAAACUUGAGGCACUUUCUCAGCAGCUUGUGGCAAUGGGAUUUUCUCAUGAAAGAGCAACAAUGGCACUGAUAUUGAAUGAAGGUAGGGUUGAGGAAUCAGUAGCGUGGCUGUUUGAAGGUGGUGAAGAAGCAGAUUGUAACAAGGAUACAAACAUAUGUAGGGGCAAUUUGAAAAUUGACAUAUCAGAUGAGCUAGCUCGGAUCGCAGACUUGGUAACAAGGUAUGAUUGCUCGAAACAGGAGGUUGAAAGAGCAGUUGUUAACUGUGAGGGUGAUCUUGAUAAAGCUGCUGAAAACUUGAGAGAAUUGAAACUUGAUCCACCAUCUGCUCCACCAAAACCAGAGGAAACUGGUGAUCCUCCUAUCAAUAACAGUGUUAAGCAGUCAGGAGUUUCAAGUCAGAGUUCAAGGCCACUAACAAAACCUGUUCCUUUACCAAAUCAAACCAUAAGAGAUGAAAAGGAAUUUAACUAUACCAAGGCUGCAAUGACGAUGGGGGUACCUUCAGAUUCCAGCAAUAGAAAUAUGCAACCUCUAAAGAGAAUCCAACCUAAGUCUGAAUGGGCAAAGCCCCAACAGGCUACUGUACAGGCUGAUAAAAAGUGGCCAAGUUCAGGAUCUAAUCCUUCUGUUUCUUAUUCACUGGCAUCACCAUUGCAAAUGUCACCCCCACCUGCUAAAUCUGAAACACGAUAUAUGCCUGUUGGAGGUGAUUUUAAGAACCUUCAACCUAUAGUAGCCAGGGAACCAUUAAUCAUGAUGCAGCGGCCCCAAACUGUAAAUGCAAAGCAAGUUCCAGCCACAAGUAUGAGUUCAUCGCCUCCUGGUAUAGCUGCUAGUUGGUAUCCAUCUAACGGUCCAGAUACUGUGAGAUCUAAUGGCUUUUUAUCUCAUGCUUCAAACUACCUGGGUUCUAAUCAAAGGUAUCACCAACUUCAGUAUCAACCUCAACAACAGUUUGUUGGUGGCAGCAGCAAUUCAGUAGAUAACCAAGCAACCUGCCAAGGGAAUAAUAGCAAUUGGAAUAGAGCAGGUCCAACUCCAACGCUUGCUGCUGCUACUUCUCUAGGACUCUUUUCUGGACUAGGAUCAGCAGGCCAGUCAGGGGCAACUUCUCCAGUAGACUGGAGCACCGGUGGGUCAAUGCAGUUUGAUUAUACCAACAUAGACUGGUCCUUGGAUAGAAGUUUAGCUUCACCAAGGUCAAACAGUUUAUGGCUAGGAUUUUCACCAUUUUCAAAGAGUAAUGCUCAGAUGUAUGACUCAAAUGCUUCAGGAGUCGUUGCUCAAUCAUCAACCAGACCGGUUCCCUCAAAUGGGAGCGUUGUUCCCAUGCCUGUACUGCAAGAUGGUGGAGUAGCUUCUGCUGAGACAUCUGCUGGUUCCCGGGACUGGAGUUCUCCAUUUGAAGGGAAAGAUCUUUUCAGUUUACCGAGACAGUUUGUUUCUUCUCCUACUCUGUAA